AUGCCAGCGUCAAAUCGUGAAAUGAAUGACGAAUUUAAUCGAGAGUUGGAACGGGAACGUGAAUAUGAUCACCAGGAAUUAGAUUUAGUAUUCCACUGUGAAUCGCCAAAAGUUUAUGAUACAUUAAUGAAGGCAAUUGCUGAUGGAAAUGGUGGUUUAUAUUUCCUUAAUACCCCUGGGUCUUACCAGUUCAUUCCUCAUGUCAGAAUAAUUGGCUGUGUUGAUGGCACGCAUGUUAAAAUUGUCGCUCCCAGGAAAGAAGUUCAGCAUUUGUAUUACAACAGGAAGGGAUUCUACAGCAUUAAUGCUAUGAUUGUUUGUGAUCAUACAAUGAAAAUAACCUAUAUAAAUGCGAAAAAUCCAGGAGCUACUCAUGACUUCAUGGCUUUCAACAUGUCGCCAUUGAAAGCGCAUUUAGAGGAGCAACAUCUCAAUGGCCGUCGCAAUACUUGGCUCCUUGGUGAUGCUGGAUACGCUCUAAAACCUUAUUUAAUGACGCCGUUCAGAAACUCUGAGGAAGGGUCUCCACAAAGGACCUACAACAAACAACAUGCUAAAGCGAGAAUUGCAAAACUUCGUCGGUAG